AUGAAAAGCUACAGUGCCGGUAACUUCUUUUCUUUGUCGAACUCGGAAUCCGCAGUGCUCCCACCUUUUUUUUAGAUCCCUGAUGAAAAAAAAUUUUAAACUAUCAUAACUUAUGCUGUAUUAACCACUAUUUUUGAGAAGGACUCCUGACAAGAAAGUGUACAAGGAUUUCUGAAGUUUUCUAGAGUAUUUUAUCCCAAAUUGGCGGUCAAAAUACCUAUUUUUCUUCUGUAUCAGAGUUUUUAAAAGGAGAAAUAUUGAUUGACAAUUGGAAACAGCUUUCGAGGAUCCAAUGGAUUACCACACGUUUAUUAGAAGCCCCAGCAAAGAAAAUUUCAUUUCCAGCAGCCCUCAAAAAUUUUAGGGAAACUAGGAAAGAAUAGCCAAAAAAAGCUUUAGUAAUGUAGGCCCUGAAAAAUACUCCAGUUUCACUCAUACACUGUUAAAGUGAACAAGAUGUGUCCUGGACCUUAUUGACUGAUUAUUUUCGGAUCAUGUUCAAACGCCACAAAAGUAAUCAACAAAUGAUACAGAAACAAAAUCUCCAGGAUUUCGAAACAGAAACAUUCUCGUUAUAAAUUAUAACGAGAAUGUUUAUAACUUAUAAUUCCAAAAACUUAUUCAACCCUUUAUGUCCUUCUCUAAAAAUUAAUCCUCAAAACUUGGCUCCAAAAGAAUCACGAGCUUCACACUGCAUUCGCCAAGUUCCCAGCCAUCAAAACAAAAAUUGACCGAAGACAUUUUCAGUGCGUAAAAGAUCGUUUUGGAUGGCAGAGCUGACGCUCUUGCUUGUGGCACUUUUCAACGUCUUGUCGCCGGCUCUCGCACAAAACCAACCGAGUACACAAGGUAAUCAACAAGGUUUAGGAAGAAAAAAAUAGCGAAACUAUUUCAGUUUGCUGCAAAACGCCGAUGGCAAGGUUUUCAUUUGGGGAGAGAGUUGAUCAAGCUUGUACACAUCCCCAAUGUACCGAAGGAGCCAUAAUCUUGAUCGAUUCGAACCCCAGCAACACGGGCUCCGACGUGCGCGUCAACACGUUGAAGCAAACGAGCUCUUUGAAAAUUGUGAAUGAUGCAACUGGUCUCGACUUCUCCAACGUUGAAGAAAUAAACCAUAAGUGGCCUGGUAAAUUGAAACUUCAAAUUAUCGUCUCAUUUUUCCAAUUUAUAUAUUUUUUUUGCAAAUUUUGAAGUACAGAAGGCUAUUCAGGGCCAGCUGUUCACUUGGAAAACGCGAACCUCAACGCGAAAUCGUUUGAAAAGCUGGCGAAAAUCAAUGUGGACGACGUGUCUAAGUAUUGCGCCAGCCGAGAGCUCGUUGUUGUUAUCGGAAGAGUCGAUGACGCUAUAAAAAAAAGGCUUGAAGAAGUCGCCGAGAAGGUUUUUACGAAAAUGAAAAAAAAUACAGUACUUUUAUCUUUGAGGCACUGGCCCCAUGCAAACAAAUUUCUCCACCACCAUCCUCUACCAAUUGCAUUACCGGUGCUGGCAGCUCGGAAGAAAAAGAAGAAGGAAGGAUGGACCGUGAGUUUUUCACGUUGUUUUUUACUAAUUGGCCGGACUUCUUUGGGUUGAGACAAAAAAAAAUCGUGCGUCAUAAUUAUUGACUCUGCUCUUUUUCUCGGGUUUUUUCCCCGAGGUACUCUGGAACUUCCGUUUGAACUUGUCUGACACACAUCUAUUUAUUAACCCUGUCUAGUAGAUCUGUUCGGUUGAGAAAAUUUGCCUCAUACUCUAUUUUUAACAAUAAUUUUUUUUUUCCGACUUCAACUGAAGGUUUCGCAUGACCCAUUUUCUAUUUGAAAAUUUAAAAAAAUGAAUUGACGUAAUUUAUAAAAUAGUGAAUAAUUCUUUUUAGGUCUAAAAAAAUUUAUUCAUGAAAAUAUGAGGCAAGUUUGCUCAAUUGAGGAGUUUUUACUGAAGAAAAAAAGUUCCUUUCUUAUAUUAAACGGCGUUUUUUUCUUUUUUUCUGGGCUUCUGAAAAUCCUUAUUGUGCGACCAAUUUUUAUGAAAUUCUCCAGCCUUUUCAUCCCAGUUGAUCAUCCCAUAGGAAAGACCUUUUGGGACUCGAACGAUCAAUCGAUCUUAGCUCAUAAAAUUAAACUUUUUUUUUUUGAAAAUUUUUUGCUAAAACAAUUUUUCUUGCAGUUGGCUUGGUUAUCGGUAUUUCUGCCGUUGUCAUCUUGGCAAUUUUGGGCGUGUCUUUAUUUAUAAUCACGAGAAAAAACAACACGAUCAACAGUUUGAAAAGGGACAUCUCCUCGGGAAACGGAAGAGCUAGUAAUACGAGCUCGGCUGGAGGGAAAACGAAGGGGCCAGUUGCCAAGGAGAAUAGCAAGAUGAGCGCCGAUUCUUGA